GAUCAAAAUGGCGCCCCGCGAGUCGCCACUUCCCACCUCUCACUUUCUUCCGGGAGUCAAAUUGUUAUCGCGAGACUUCGGCCUCACUAUUAGUUGGGGCGCGCAGCCCGCUCCUUCUUUUCUCCAGCGCGGUGGUGGAGGGAAACGACAUCACAUUUACUGAAUUUUAUAUGGUCAGAAAUCUGUUUAAAUCAAAGAACAAUUGACAACAAAUUUGAGAGGGGCUUGGAGGACACAUACCAGGAAUGGAUUCUCUCAACUAUGCAACGGUAUCUGAUUCAGCUGUGGAAAUUGAGAAUCAAAGUGAUAACUCUUCCUCUGGUAGCAGCUUAUUUAAAACUCAGUGUGUUCCUAUCCCACCUAAAAGGAGGCAAAGAAACCCUAUUAGAAAAUUUGUUCACAAACCUGAAAGUACUCAAGCAAGAGAUUCAUCUAGUGACUCAUCUAUAGAGCCAAGACCAUUGACUUUAAAAGCUAUUUUUGAAAGAUUCAAAAAAAAGAAACGUAAAAAGAGGAAAUACAAGCCAACGGGAAGAUCAAGGGGAAGACCAAAAGGAAGGAGAAACACUAGAAGCUCACAAAUAAAUAAGAAACAAUUUAAAGACAAAGGACCUGGUUUCCCAUUUUUAGAAUCAGGAAAUGGAAGAAAACCAUUACCUUGGAGAAAAAUUUUAACCUUUGAGCAAGCAGUGGCAAGAGGAUUUUUUAACUACCUUGAAAAACUGAAGUAUGAAUACCAUCUCAAGGAAUCCUUGAAACAAAUGAAUGUUGGUGAAGAUUUAGAAAAAGAAGACUUUGAUAGUCGUAGAUACAGAUACUUGGAUGAUGAUGGAUCUAUCUCUCCUAUUGAAGAGUCAGCAGCAGAGGAGGAGAUUGCAGCAAAUCUUGAACAUGAUGAAUGUGAUAUUAAAUUGGUGGAGGAUAAUUAUUUCAUAAUAAGUUCUGAAUUACCAAAGAAGAAGAAUGUAUAUUUGGAACAAGAGGAAAAUACUGAAGAAGCUGCACUGCCUAAAAAGAGAGCAUCAAAAUCCAAAAAACACGACAGAGGACAGAAUGGCCUGAAAAUAGAUAGGAUUAUGACUACCAGACAAGGAGUGAAUAUGAUUUGAACCUAAUACAUUUUUAGAGGGUCCUAAAGUAAAUCGCUUGAGGAAAUUGGAUCCCAAAGAUUACAGGUGGGGAAUUUUGAAGUGUGUCCAUAUUUCAUUGGAGAUCAAAGAAGCCUAACUAAAAGAAUUGUGGCAAGGCUGACUCACACGAUAACUUCUUUUUGAAAGGGCUACUUUAUCUUGAAGAUUAUGAGUUUGGAGGAAGUAAGGUGAUUGAUUGGCAGUGGAAAGAAUCAGAACAUGUGAAAUUCCUUAAAAAUUUAUUGACUUAAAUAACUUUGUGUUACACAUAAUUAAAAAAAACCCUUUACACUUUGUGCAGAAAGUCAGCAUA